CACGCAUCGUAGUUACCUUCAUAUCACCAUGAAAUUGGACGUGGUCAAACAGUUCUCCACGCGUUGUGACCGUGUCAAGGGAAUCGACUUCCAUCCCUCUGAGCCGUGGAUCCUCACCACCUUGUACAAUGGUAAGAUCGAGAUUUGGUCCUAUGCCACAAACACGCUUGUAAAGUCGAUCCAGGUAACGGAGAUGCCCGUCCGGACGGGAAAGUUCAUCGCUCGUAAGAAUUGGAUUGUUGUCGGCUCCGACGACUUCCAGAUCCGGGUCUAUAACUACAACACGGGUGAAAAAAUCACCCAGUUCGAGGCCCAUCCAGACUAUAUCAGGUCCAUUGCCGUUCAUCCUUCCAAGCCAUAUAUAUUGACGUCGUCUGAUGACUUGACCAUCAAGUUGUGGAACUGGGACAAUUCCUGGAAGUUGGAACAGGUCUUUGAAGGACACCAACAUUACGUUAUGAGUGUCAACUUCAACCCCAAGGACCCAAACACGUUUGCUUCUGCCUGUUUGGACAGAACCGUCAAGAUCUGGUCCUUGGGUUCCUCGGUGCCAAACUUCACGUUGGUAGCUCACGAUGCCAAGGGUGUUAACUAUGUUGAUUACUACCCUCAGGCUGAUAAGCCUUAUUUGAUUACAUCAUCAGAUGAUAAAACGAUCAAGAUAUGGGAUUACCAGACUAAAUCAUGUGUCGCCACAUUGGAGGGUCAUUUGUCGAACGUGUCGUUCGCGAUUUUCCACCCUGAGUUGCCGUUGAUCGUAUCUGGUUCUGAAGAUGGAACCAUUCGUUUCUGGAACUCCAACACCUUCAAGUUGGAGAAGUCUAUUAAUUACUCGUUGGAACGUGUGUGGUGCAUUGGUAUCUUGCUGAAGUCCAACUUGAUUGCCGCGGGGUUCGACUCUGGCUUCGUUAUCGUCAAACUUGGAAAUGAAGAGCCCUUGUUCCUGAUGGACUCCAACAACAAACUCAUCUAUGCUAAGAACUCAGAGGUUUACCAGUCAGUGAUUAAGCCCUCUUCUACGGAAGGAUUGAAGGAUGGAGAAGCCUUGCCUUUGCAACAGAGAGAAUUGGGUAACAUCGAGAUAUAUCCACAGUCCUUAUCGCAUUCUCCUAACGGUCGAUACGCUGCAGUCUGUGGAGAUGGGGAAUACAUUGUCUACACUGCUUUGGCAUGGAGAUCGAAAUCAUACGGUAAUGCUUUGGACUUUUCCUGGAAUACACACGAUACUUCCAACGCAUGUUCUUUUGCUGUGCGUGAAUCGCAAGUAUCGGUCAAGAUUUUGAAAAACUUUCAGGAGUACUUGACGCUCGACUUGAUCUACCAGGCUGACAAGAUCUUUGGUGGUGCCUUGUUGGGAGUCAAGCUGGAAGGUUGUAUUUCUUUCUACGAUUGGAUCCACGGUAAGCUAGUUAGACGUGUUGACUUAGACGACGACAUCCAGGACGUAAUCUGGUCCGACAAUGGCGAGUUGUUGGCCAUUGUUACUUCUUCCAGUGUCGGCGAUAGUAAUUCUGUAGGAGCUAAGAAGAGUGAUGAGACGUACUUCUUGAGUUACAGCCAGGAAGCUUUCGAACUGGCCUUACAAGCUGACGAGCUUGAUCCAGAAGAAGGUGCUGAAUCGUCUUUCAAUGUUUUGUACACUCUUCCAACCUCUGAGCCUAUAUUGUCGGGCAAGUUCAUUGGCGAUGUUUAUGUCUAUACCACAGCCUCUACCAACCGAUUGAAUUACUUUGUGGGUGGAGAAGUGAUCAACUUGGGACAUUUCGACCACAAAUACUACAUAAUUGGCUACAAGGCGCAAGAAGGCAAGUUGUAUCUUAUUGACAAGUCGUUCAACGUCGUCUCCUGGUUCGUCAACGCCGAGGUCUUAGAGUUACAGACCUUGGUAAUGCGUGGUGAUCUUGAACAGUACGCUGUCAAAACUGUAGAAGAUGAGGAGACAGGUGAACAGAUCCCAGACUUGGCUAGUGUAGAAAUCGACAACUUGUCGGACGAUUACGCAAACCUCAAGUCGGGAUUCAGCAAGACUGAAUUGAACCAGUUGUCGCGUUUCUUUGAGAAGUUAGGUUACUUAUCGUUGUCGUACUCGUUGUCGCAGGAUUUCGACUCCAAGUUCCAGAUAUCACUCUCUACCGGUAACUUGAAACAGGCAUAUGAAUUGUUGUCUACUAACCAAAAGGAAAACCCAUCUACAGCAUUAGCCAACUCCAACAAAUGGAAGAGACUUGGAGACCUUGCAUUAACCAAGUGGCAGAUUAAAUUGGCGGAAGACUGCUUCUGGCUUGCCAACGACUAUUCUUCUUUAUUGUUGUUGUUGUCUUCGUCUAACAAUCAGAAAGAGCUCUCCAGGUUGGCUACCGAAUGUGAGGCCAAGGGUAAAUACAAUAUUGCAUGGCAGGCAUGGUGGUUGACUGGACAGAAGGAAAAGUGCUUGGACUUGUUGGUCAAGAGUGAAAGAUUGCCGGAGGCUGCUAUCUUUGGUGCCAACUACGGUGUAAGCAGCGAAAAGUUGGAAUCUACUGUGAAAUCGUGGAAAAACAAACUUGAUAGCAAAAACAAAAGUAAGGUCAGUGCAAGAUUAGAGGACAGCUUAUCGGGAUUAAAGAUCUCUACCAAUGGCAGUGCAGCUCCGUUAAUUGACCUUGAAGCUACCGAAGCAGUUGCUGAAGUUGAAGAUGUAGCUGAACCAGAAACGGAAGCAGAUGCUGAAGAGGCCAAAGAAGUACCACAGGCUGAAGAGGAAGAAGCUGCAGUGGAAGAGGAUGAAGUGGAAGAGGAUGAUGAUGAAGAUGCUUAAACUAAAUAAAUUUUACGAUCCUGAAAAGUACACUUCCAUUCAUUGUACAAUUACAUACAUGAAAUACAAAAUGAUAAAUUAUAUUUGUUUUGGUUUUAGCUUCAUUUUAUACAUUUUAUAUUUACGUCUUUUAAGUUCAUUGUUGGCAUUAGUCGU